AUAGGGCGAGGGAGUUUGCGCAACGCGCUGCUCGGAUGGUCUGCCUUGUACGUGCCAGGCUGCCAGCCUCGGCCGUUGGCGCGAAAACUGUGGGAAAGACAGGGACAGUUCAGGAAGUCUCAGGCUGUUUUGGAGCCUUUCGUGGCUGUGCUAGCAAAUAGCAGCCCGGAGUGCUGCUCUUCGGCUUAUGAAGAGGAUUUUGUCAGGUUGAGACAUGGAAUGUGGAAACGAGCAGUUUGGUUGGAGGGUAAGAAAGAAGAAGAGGGUGUGGUGCCAUCCAGCUGGGUAUUAGAAGAGAACCAAACCUUGUUUUGGCCACAAGGAGUUAAUGCUGAGAAUGCCCUUCAUAAUCAGCAAGAACCAGACCCUGCAUCAUGGAGAAAGUUUAUGUUGAAAAAAGUGAAGAUCACUUCUGAUAGUUUUCAAGAAUGCGAUACCUACCAUCUGACAUCUACGGUGGAGAGUUCUGAGAGCAACAGUGAUCCUGAUGAAGGUCUACUCAUGAGAAAAAGGAGAAAACGUUGUAAGAAAAAUCUGCCUGAUGACUUUGUCAGCAGUGAAAACUUACAUGAAGCUGUCCACAUGAAGCCAGCCUCACAGAAGCCACAGGUCACAACCUCUCAAGAUAAGGUAGCUUCUGCUCCUUCACAGGUUGUACUUCCAACACCUCCUCCUAAGGUGUCUUUGGAUAUGCGGUCCACCAGAACCCAUGGGAUGAUGGAGUGCAGUGCAACAAAAGAUUCGGUAUCCAGCAAGACAUCCAAGUCAUCUGACAACAGUGAUGGCAGUGGCCAGCAUGACAGGAGACAUCAUGACACGCCUUACCAAAAAAGAAACCAUGAUCGAGGUGACAAUCUUGACCACCAUGACAGGAGACACCAUGACACACCUCACCGAAGAAGAAGCCAUGACCAAGGUGACAGUCCCGACCACCAUGACACACCUCACCGAAGAGGAAGCCAUGACCAAGGUGACAGGAGACACCAUGACACACCUCACCGAAGAGGAAGCCAUGACCAAGGUGACAGGAGACACCAUGACACACCUCACCGAAGAAGAAGCCAUGACCAAGGUGACAGGAGACAUCAUGACACACCUUACCGAAGAAGAAGCCAUGACCAAGAUGACAGUCCCAACCACCUAUCUUACUAUAGUGACAGUCCCGACCAGCAUGACAAGAGGCACCAUGACACAUCUUACCGAAGAAGAAGCCAUGACCAAGGUGACAGUCCCGACCACCUAUCUUACUAUAGUGACAGUCCCGACCAGCAUGACAAGAGGCACCAUGACACACUUUACCGAAGAAGAAGCCAUGACCAAGGUGACAGGAGACAGCUUGACACACCUGACCGAAGUGAUAGCCCUGGCCAGCAGGAGAGGAGAUAUGAAAAACACUAUCAAAAUAGAAGUCAUGACCACUAUGACUGGGACAAUAGACGUGAUAGACACAACCAGAGAGACAACAAGAGCAGGUGUGACCCUUGUAAUGACAAUCAAAAGAAUCACAAAGGUAGCCAGGAAGAUGCUGAAUCCAGCUUCCCUCUAACUAAAUUUCAGAAGCGAGUGUUACAACUUCUGCUGGACAUCAGGAAAACUGUUUCGGAUACGAGCACAUGUGGUGGUAAACCAGCUGACACAGCUUGUACUCUUACAAUCAAACGGAAUAAUUCCCUGGAAGAAGUGCAGAAUCUAGAGGAUGAAUUGGUUAAUCCCAGUUAUUUCAUGGAAGUGUGCAACCAGUGCGUCCGCAUAGGUGGCUAUAAUAAGAGAGAUAUGGUCUCUAAUUUGAUGUGCAGGUUUAUGACCAAAAACCUCAUGUGUCAGUAUAACAUGCUUGGGCAGAGAGGCAAGUUGUCUUUUAGAAAAACAGUUAUACAAUGUGAUUCAGGAGAGCGUGCUUAAAAAGUUCUCAGAUUCAAAUGUGACAGAAAUACAAAUGAUAGUUGCAGCAAAAUUGCGUAAUGCUCCAAAAUUGAAAAAUGAAAAUUAGCUGAUGUAAAAUGGUACUUACAAUCAGUUAAGAUCUGCAAGAAUGUUAAAACAAACCAAUCUUUGUCUCAUGCAUGACCUUGGUGAAGUAAAGUAUUUUCAUACCAAGAUGAACUGCAAUAGCGCAGUGAAAAAUCUAGUCAUACCCACUGCCACCAGGAGUCUAACCCGGGUCUCUUGAGUGAGAGCCAGACAGCAAGACCACUACACCACUGUGGUGUAGGGGUCUUGCUGCCUGGCUCUCACUCAAGAGACCCGGGUUCGACUUCUGGUGGCAGUGGGUAUGACUAGAUAAAGUAUUUUCAUUUUGUAUGUUACUAAAAAAAUGCUGGUAAAUUUAUCUCAUGACUGAUUGUACACAGAUGACCUUAUAUAUUGUAACUAUGUGUACAUUUCCCUUCCUCCCCCCUCUCUCUCUCUCUUAAAGAAGCUCUUUUUCUAUCAGAAUGACAAAAUUUAUUGAUGUGUAAACAGUAUAAGGGGGGAUGUUAGAGAAGCUAAAGAAUAAAAGAACCAGGACCGCCGAGAACCGAACCUCAGACAAGCUGUUCCCGCCACCACGCUAACCUGGUCCUGGUUCUUUUAACUUGUCGUUAUGGGAUUCAAGCUUAAGAAUGGCUUUAAGAUGUGGAGAGAGACUUACUGCUGUAAAAUUUGAACCGAUUGGGAUAUUACCUCAUGAUAUUUAUGUGAGAUGAUAUUAAUGAUCUCAGAUUAUAAAAGCAAACUAGUAUUAUUAACAGUGAUUUAUUUUGUAAUUUAGUAAUAGAUAUAACAUUUUAAUUUAUAAUUUUGCUUUUGCCUACCACUUAGGUUCCCAUGUAUUUUUACGUAAAUGAAAAAGUAUGGAGCUACACAAGUAUCAAUUCACAAAAUGCUUAAUUUCAUUGACAACUGUGGUCUGUAUUGUUUUAAGCAUAUUGUGUACUUGUGGCAGGCCUGGUAUUCUUUGCAUAUAUUCCCCCUGGGGCUACAUAGAUACUAGAAUGUAGCCCUCUCCAUGUCGGCUGUGUGCCGUAAGAGGCGACUGAUUCUGGCCCUGGGUGGGGAUCUCUUUUACUAGCCCAUAGCAGGUCUUUUUACCGCUUGACAUAUUUUCCCUUCUCAUUUCCCUUUGCUUUCUGUCCAUUUUCUUUUACGUUCUCUUACUUUUCCGAGUGGUGGGCUGACUCUUUGUCAGAGUGAGGGUUGGUGUCCUUUACUUCCCAUAGCCAUUUCUGUCUUUCUCUUGUUCUAUAUACCUCUACUGUUUAGGGUGACACUAGGCUGGGGAUCUGCCCAUUCUUCUCUACCUUUUAUAGUCCCACUUGUGGCACAUGCCCAGGGAUAAUGCUAGGCACAAGUGCCAUGGGAACCCAUUUAUUGAGUCAUGGCCCGGGAUGGCGGAUGGUCACCCUCACAGUUCAAGGGUGGUUUCUGCUGUUCUGGACCAUGGCAUGGGGAGGUAAUGCAUAGGAGCAGGUGUCAGGCUAUGGAUGGAUUGUGGCUAAACAAAGUUUUAAUUUUUUGUAUUACUGGGAUCAUCCAUUUAUAUAUUGCAGUUAUUCUUCAUUCAAGUCAGAUAUCUUGAAAGCCUUUAUAUAUAAAAAUGCAAGCACUAACUUUAUUUUUUUUUUCAUAAAAUAUGGAAAUUAUUUUGGUUUUGAUAUUUUUACAAGGAUGAAGAUUAUUAAAUUUAUGAAAAAGUGUAAGACUGAAGAAUAUAUAUAUACACACUUUCUGUA